GAGGAACAUUACUCUUUAAGAGAGUAGUAUAGACGAGGACAUUAAUCCUUAUCAUUUGAUAUAGACCGCGCAGGUCAACAUGUUUUGUUGAUUGAACUGUACAGCUCUUUGAAGGACAUCAUUAAACAAAUCUAGAUGGGAAAUCUAUAUUUUCUUGGAAUAUUCUUCUGUCUGCUUAACCGCGGAGAAGCCAUCCGAUGUUUUGAGUGUCGGAAUAUUCCAUUCCCGCGUGAAUGUACAAAGGUUGUAGAAUGCAGUUCCGACGAGUAUUGUUCCGUAGAGCAAGUAGUUGUAGCGAGUGGAAAUGUUGUAUUUAACUCCGGCUGUCUUCACAAUUCGCGCUGCUCUUCGACUGGUAUAUCACUUAUCGGAAAAAGGUCGGCAUACAUAUCAAAUCGUAAACGUUCUGCUGACGUCACAAUAUGCAGUGAGUGCUGCAAGGACGAUUUCUGCAAUAAGAAUGGUUGUGGAACAACUGAAGUUCCUUUCGGACAACGAGGUCCGUACUGUUUUAACUGUGAUGCUGCGAUUGACGCUAAGUCUUGUAGUGAUGUAACUGUCUGUGGUAAAAACGAGUUGUGUAUGUUGUAUUCCCCAGUUCUGCAAACAACCUACAAAAGUCAAUGUGAAACACAGUUGCUGUGUGACGCACUAUCUAAAGUACCAAGUAGUCAUAAGUGUGCUCCGAUAUGUUGUCAAACUGAUUUCUGUAACAAUCAAUGUGGAACUCCUUCAAAUAUAACCAUGCCGACAGUAAAUCCACAAACAACAAGUCAAGUAUUGCAGACUUCAGAAAUCCGUACUACUUCUACAACACAAACAAAACACCCUACUGUAGGUUUGUCAACACAAUCAAGCUUCACAACACAAGGGGCUACAGAUCGACCAACAAGCAAUGUACAUUUUCACUGCGAUACCAACGGACCCUACAUACAUUUACAGAAUUCAAAUGCGCAUUUAUGCGUAAACAUUGUAUUUAAACACGCAACAUGGCUUGGUGCUCGCCAUGCAUGCAAUCAGGAAGGAGGGGACCUGGUUGUGCUAGAUACGCAUGAAAAGUCGUUGUUAAUGAGAAACAAACUUUCAGAGUAUGAUCACAAUGGCUUCUGGAUUGGGUUAAAAGACGAGCAAGGGCAUGGUCAGUUUACAUGGGUGCAUCAUCAUCAACCAGUUGGUGGUUCUAAUGUGGACUGGGCAUUUGAUCAACCUGAUCAUGUACAGUAUGGAGUGGAUCAAGACUGUGUUAUAAUGCUAUCAAGCAGUCAUUACCAGUGGCACGAUACCAAUUGUCAGCUUGAUCAUUUCUAUUUUAUUUGUGAACGACGAUGAAGAUAUCUUAAAGUUUAUUCGUUAA